AUGUGUUCUUAUCGGUGUACGACAUGUCAGUAUAAAUGUAAAGACAAAAGUAGUUUUAAAGAGCAUCUAAGAACACACCGCGGCGAGAAACCUUAUGAAUGUACGAUAUGUCAGUACAGAUGUAGUCAAAAAAGUAGUUUGAAAAUACAUUUAAGAACACACAGCGGCGAGAAACCUUAUGAAUGUACGAUAUGUCAGUACAGAUGUAGCCAAAAAAACGAUUUGAAAAAACAUCUAAGAACACACAGCGGCGAGAAACCUUAUGAAUGUACGAUAUGUCAGUACAGAUGUAGUGUAAAAAGUAGUUUAAAAAGACAUCUAAGAACACACAGCGGCGAGAAACCUUAUGAAUGUACGAUAUGUCAGUACAGAUGUAGUCAAAAAAGUAGUUUGAAAAUACAUUUAAGAACACACAGCGGCGAGAAACCUUAUGAAUGUACGAUAUGUCAGUACAGAUGUAGUCAAAAAAGUAGUUUGAAAAUACAUUUAAGAACACACAGCGGCGAGAAACCUUAUGAAUGUACGAUAUGUCAGUACAGAUGUAGCCAAAAAAACGAUUUGAAAAAACAUCUAAGAACACACAGCGGCGAGAAGCCUUAUGAAUGUACGAUAUGUCAGUACAGAUGUAGUGUAAAAAGUAGUUUGAAAACACAUCUAAGAACACACAGCGGCGAGAAGCCUUAUGAAUGUACGAUAUGUCAGUACAGAUGUAGUGUAAAAAGUAGUUUGAAAACACAUCUAAGAACACACAGCGGCGAGAAGCCUUAUGAAUGUACGAUAUGUCAGUACAGAUUUAAACAUAAAAAUAGCUUAAAAAAACAUUUAAAAACACACAGCGAUAUGGUUUAA